CAGCCUUGGCCAGCCCCAGCCCCAGCCCCAGAGUCAGAGCAGGAGCGAGCUCCACACGCAUAGAGAAGCUGCUGCUGCAUCUAGGACGAUGAACCAUUUCCCCCCUGGGUAGGUCGGAUCACCUCGGCUCCAUGGUGAGGAGAAAGAAGACAGCCCCCGGCCCCGAGGACCCGCAGCAUGGGAUGACAGUAAAGUUGGGAGACGGCAGCAGCGGGGAGGAAGGGCUCAAAAAGCUGGGCAAGAGAUCAGCAGAUGAGGAGUCCCUGGAAGGAGAAGGGGCUGGAGGAGGAGAAGCAGCUGAAGAGACCAGCCACAGCACAAAGAAAGAGGAGAAGAUUAUCAAUAAUAAUAACAAUAAUAACCCUUCCUCCUCCAGUCUGCAGCAAGCCCAGUCCCCUCUUCAGGCCUCUUCCCAGGACCAGCAUCAUUUCUUAAGGUCUAGUGUGAGACCUCAGAGCAAGAGAUUCAGGAAAGAUUCAGCCUGUGCAGUUGGCAGCAACAGCAGCACCAAUGCCAAGGGAAAAGGGACAGACAAUGGAGGCCCAUCUUCUGGCAGUGUGUCAGGAAUCACUCCCAGUGCACCUUCCGGAACCUCCAAGUCAUCUACCCGGAGUCUGGGCUCUUCAAGUGGAGAGAAAGAAGAAGGUAAAAAGGUCCGGCGUCAGUGGGAGUCAUGGAGCACUGAGGACAAGAACACUUUCUUCGAGGGACUGUAUGAGCAUGGGAAAGAUUUUGAAGCAAUUCAGAACAAUAUUGCGCUGAAGUAUAAGAAGAAAGGCAAACCUGCAAGCAUGGUGAAAAACAAAGAACAGGUCCGGCAUUUUUAUUACCGCACUUGGCACAAGAUCACCAAAUACAUCGAUUUUGAUAAUGUGUUUUCUCGAGGAUUGAAAAAAUCAUCCCAGGAACUUUAUGGAUUAAUUUGCUAUGGAGAGUUGAGGAAGAAAAUUGGGGGCUGUAUGGAUGAUAAGAAUGCCACAAAAUUGAAUGAACUUAUUCAAGUUGGGGCCACAACUGUUCGUUACAAAGGGAGAAAUCUUCGAAUCAAAGCUCCAAUGUGCAGAGCCUUGAAGAAACUCUGUGAUCCAGAUGGUCUCAGUGAUGAGGAAGAUCAGAAGCCAGUGCGGCUUCCUCUAAAAGUUCCUGUGGAACUGCAACCACGAAACAAUCAUGCUUGGGCCCGGGUUCAGAGUCUUGCCCAGAAUCCACGCCUCAGGAUGAUUGUAGAAUUACAUCGAAAGGUUUCUAGCCUCAUUGAAUUCCUGAAGCAGAAAUGGGCAUUACACGAAGUACGAAUUCGCCAAACACUGGAUGCAAGGCAGCUCCAGGACUCUAGAGAUGGAGAGGCAAGGGCCCAGCUUUCCAGGGAGAAAGCUACCUUGCACCUCUUCCCUGGGGAAAACUGUACACUCACACCCCUACCUGGAGUAGCCCGGGUGGUUCACUCAAAGGCUUUCUGCACAGUGCACUGGCAGGAAAGUGGUAAAUGCAAACAGAACACAAAGGACUCUCAUUUACUGCCUCCUGCCCAAAUCCUAGGCAUUCAGAGUGGUCAGGGUACAGCCCGGGGCCAAGUGAAAUAUCCUCGGGGAGCAUCUGACACCAAGGGUUAUGGGAGGAGUGAGAAUAUGGUGGAAUUGACAAGAAUGCCCCAUCCUCCUACUGAUGCUUCUCAGAGCUCUGGAGAGAGCUCCCCAGAAAGUGGCCCCGGUGAGGGGACAGCCCUGAGCCUUAGCAGCCCAGAUGCUCCUGACAAGAUGCCUUCUGGACUUCAUGAUUCAGGAGGAAAUCUGGAGAAGAUUAAUGUGGCAGCUUCUACAGAGGGCAGAGAUGCCCCAAUCAGUGACCAAGCUUCUGUACCCACGCCUGGAAGUGUUUCGUGUGCCUGCAGCCAGAUCCCUGACCUGGAAGAGGAGCUCUCUCUCCUAGAUCCAUUCCCUCGGUACAUGAAGUCCUGUCAGGACCUUAUCAUCCCAGAGAAAUGUUUUUGUUCAGACAGAUUGUCUAGGCAAGAGCCUGCUCCCCCCAGUGAGUCCAUCUCUCCAGAGGCUCUUCCAACUAGUAAUGUAGAAACUGCUGACCUAGCAACAGGUCAAGGACCAUCAUUUGUCAGCAUGCAGUCUAGAGCUGAAACUCAGAUUAGCCAAAGUCUGGGGUUACAACCAGAUGUUUGCACUAAGGAGUUAGCUGAUAUACCUGCUGAGGACUUCCAGGAGAAGCUGAGCUCCUCCUUUACAUCUCCAUCUCAGGGACAGCCUGCCACAAAGCCUCUGAAGGAGAGCCCAAGCCGGCUUGCCCAGCAGGUCAGAGAGGAGGGGUGGAACCUACAGACCUCCGAAAGCCUUACACUGGCUGAAGUCUACCUCAUGAUGGGCAAGCCAAACAAGCUGCAGCUGGAAUAUGACUGGUUGGCUGUCCUGGGGCCAGAGACAGAAACCCCAAACUCAAGGGAUCCAGGGCAGGACCCUAGCUCUGGCUCCACAUCCGCAGCCUUUCAUAAGCAGCGCCUGCUUAGCUGUCUCUUAAAACUAAUUUCGACUGAAGUCAACCCUAAACUGACUCCUGAAUCUAAUGCUGUCUCGGUGGCUUCAGUGAAGCCCACUCAAGAGGAACAGUCACUAACACCCCCAGGAAAGGUGAUAACCAUAAGUACUCGGAGUCCCCGAUGUGCCCGAAAUCAGUCCACCCUCCGAAACAAUAAGAACUUUUCUCCUAAUUCUUCAUCCAGCUCCUCAGGUUUGAGAAACCCUCCAAGACCUCUUCUGGUAGCCGCUCCAUCCAGUUCAGGAAACAGUGAUUCUGAUGGGGGGCUUUUUGCAGUCCCAACAACCUUGCCACCCAAUAGCCGACAUGGAAAGCUGUUUUCACCUAGCAAGGAUGCAGAGUUAACUUUUCGACAGCAUCUUGACACAAUCGGUAUGCAGUCGGAUUUCUUCUUGCCAAAGCCAAGGAAGUUACGAAAUAGACACUUGCGGAAGCCAUUGGUGGUACAGAGAACACUGCUCCCUAGACCAUCAGGAAAUCCAUCCCAUAAUGUGUGUUCUUUCUCAAUUAUGUCAAAUUCCUCUAUAACAGGAAGAGGAUCAUUUAGGCCAAUCCAGUCCUCUUUGACCAAAGCUGCUUUGUCUCGACCUAUUGUGCCCAAGGUUCUUCCAGCCCAGGCUGCUAAUCACCUGUCCAGUGCCAUUGAUUUGGCAGCUAAAAGUGCUGGUAUUAUCCCUGGGAGCCCACUUCCUGUUCUGGACCCUGAGGGUUUGCCUGGGAUAACACAAUUGCCUUCAGAGGAAGUGACAGCCACAGUGACAGGACAGAACUUGGCUAGCUCACAUCAGAAUGGGGAUGCCAUAUCAGCUAUGGGGGGCACAAGUGAUGGAUGCCGUGUUCCUUUCAUCAGUAUCCCCACAAGGCCUGAACAGGAAUCUGUAGCUCAGAGUUUCCAGGGUUCAUCUGUUCUAUCCUUGUCUGAACUGUCCAAAGCCCCUCUCCAAAAUGGCCUCUCUACUCCCCUUCCUACAUCUGAGGGAUCUAGUACCCGGCUUUCUCCACCCAAUGUCUCUGCUCUGCUCGACAUUUCUCUUCCUGGACCCCCUGAGGAUGUAUUAUCACAGGGAGAACCUUCGACUCAGAUUAGUGAUUCCAUAAUUGAGAUUGCCAUCAGUUCUGGCCAAUAUAGUGAAGGAGUCUCUCUUUCUCCAGCAAAACUGAAUGGUAGUGACAGCUCCAAAAGUCUUCCAUCCCCAUCCAGCAGCCCUCAGCAAAAUUGGAUUGCAUCUCCCACCCAUGAUCCCCAGUGGUACCCCAAUGAUUCUACAGAUUCUUCUCUUAGCAGCCUGUUUUCAAGUUUCAUCUCACCAGAGAAAGGCCGGAAGAUGCUUCCAACUCCUGUUGGGACUGCCAGUGGUACUUCCCUUCUAGGUCCCAGCUUGCUGGAUGGCAAUUCUCGGGACUCAUUCGUCUCCCGGUCACUGGCUGAUGUUGCAGAGGUUGUGGAUUCCCAGCUGGUAUGCAUGAUGAAUGAAAACAGCAUUGAUUACAUUUCUCGUUUCAAUGACCUUGCCCAGGAAUUGUCCAUCACCGAGUCAAGUCGUCGAGAGGUCCUUUUUGAUGGAGGUGGAGGUGGCCCUCCAGUGGGUGACCUCUCACAGUGAUCAUGCUUAGUGAUGAACACAGUAGUGUUCCACAGUUAGGAUGGGCUAACAUUAUAAAUUGAUGUAGUAUGGUUGUUCCUCUGAUUAGGGGGAGUAAGAGGGAAUCCCAGUGUCCCACUCUCAGUAAAGGAAGCAUCUUCUAAUAUUUGAACAGCUGUGCAUCCUGGAAUCUAUAGUAUACCAGGAACUGAUCACUGAACAGUAUUAAAAUUGAAUUCCCAUGAGAGGAGCUAGAGCUACUGAUGUGAUUGGAAAGAAUCAGAACUAGUUCUCUGGAAUGGCAUGAGUUAAGACUGUUGGUAAGAGAACCCCCUUCUGAGGCACUUUGUGCCCAUUUGUAAUAUUUUUAGUUCCAUGUCAAGAUUGGGGUACAGAUGAAGAUUAGUCUUAUGUUAAAGCCUAAAUUGGUUGUAUUGAACAUUCCAGUUAUGUUUUCCUUUUUCAAAAGGGGAGAAGAGAGUGCCUUGGAAUAGCCAUUAAGUCCUGGAGAAUUUUAUGCCACACUCACUGGUGGGAGGGCCCAAGUCACUAUUGCCUUCCUCCAGUUAAUCCUUUAACAUUCUAUUACUAUGUCUGUAAAGUGAUGGGAAUUUGAUAAUCCAUAAUGCAUUCCUUCUUCCCUGGGGAAGACAGCACAGCAGCUCUUGGGCUCUCUGAUUGUAAUUGCAUUCCAGGGCAGAUGAUAGUGUGAUAAAGGCCUUACAGUAUCUGGGGUAGCAGAGGGAGAAAUGUUGGUCUUAAUAGAUGUCAGUUUGUUGCAAAGAUUUUUCUUAUCACCAAUUCUACUAAAAUAUCAAUCUUUCCACAGUCCCCAAAUUGGAGGUUUUGGUUGACUUGGUUUAUAGGACAGGUAAAGAAUCAUGUCUUAUGCAGAUAAAUAAUACUGAUUUUUUUAAACUUUUGAGGGAAAAAAAGAUCUUAUAUUUUGUGAAUUAGGAACCAUUAAAAAGAAAACUCAAUUAAGUUAUAUUUCCUUCCCCCUCCCACUUGCCUAGUUUCUUUAAGGGUGGUUGAAAGCAUCAUUUGCUCAGUUAUGGAUGAAGACCCUCUGUCUAUAAAUGCUUACACAUUUGAUGGAAUUUUAUUUGACAUCUGAAAAGAAAUCAAGCGGUCCUUAAUAAUUGGAUAGCUUAGAUGAAGUGAUUUUUCUCUGCUUUUGGUUGUCUCUCAGCAUAUGUUCUUCCCUUAUUGUAUACACGCUUAGUCCUCACUUAAUCUGUUACCAAUGAGCACCUCUUUUCUUGCCCAGCAUCUCUUUGUCCUAUACAAGAGAAUUUAAGAACAGGGAAUUAUGUUUAUAUAGGGUAGCCCCUUUGUACACAAAAGCCAUGUCCUUUGUAGAGAGAGGUCUUAUAAAUUCCUACAACUAAUUCUUUAUAUAGCAGGUGAACCCAUUUAAUCUUAUCCACACCUAUGUCUUAAUAGCCAGAUCUGCUUUCACAAUCUAUUUAGGCAUCCAUGUGAUGAAGUUCAACCUUGGCUGCAGUGUCAUAUGACUUCAUCUCUGACAUAUUUAACUUUAGGUCAUUACCCACUUAGCCUCUUGUACAAUGUUUCUAUCUACUUUGCCAUUAACAACCACCUUUGUUGAAAUUAAGAGCAGCCUUUCUUCCUCUCAGUAAUAUUCUUAAGCAAGGCUAGUAGUCUUUAAGGCUAUUGUUAGAUUUAAGUUUCUCUCCCCAACUGAUCAGUGACCCAGUCUUUGGAUAUACAUAAUUCAUAUGUAAUUUGGACUAGACCAGUGCCUGACUUAAGGCACGUAAGAGAAUUCAAGGCUUUUUCAGGAGAAAUAAAAUAUAUAUGUUCUAUUCCAAAUAGAGAAUUGUGAAAUCCCACAAAUUAAGAUUUCAGAUUUUCUAAUCCCUAAAACAAGGGAGACAUUGAGGGUUAUGAAAGGAGAACAUCUGGUUUCACAUUGUGGUUUUCGUCCCUUGUCUCUGAAACACUUUCCUGGAGCUCUUAUGUGAUACCUCACUAUUAGUACCUUAGGAGUAUAGCUUUUCCUAAAUCUUAAGAAAGUAGCAGCAUAUAAUUAAAAUAAUUAAAAAUAAAGGAAUAUGGCACAGUUAGAUCAAUUGAUUUGAACAACUGUGGUUGUAUAGUCUUUAAACCAACCUCACCAUUUUCUGGGUUGAUUCUAAGUUCUUCAAACUUAAGAGAGUUGAGGAAUAUUUCUUGUCCUUAAUAUCUGACUUAGUUAUGGGGUUAAAACUGCUUCCUGAGUUUGUAUUGCUAUUAAUCUUCCUGAACUCUAUACUCCAAUGCUAAAGCCAAGGAGUUUUCCAGAAAUAUCGCCAAGAUUAAUGACCAAUUGUGUCAUGAUCAUGCCAGUUGAUGAUACUUCUGACCUAGUUACCUAGUAGGAGCUCUGAGAUGUUAAGACAAACAAGUAGAAACCAAUUAGGCAAAGGGGAAGAAAAAUAUUAUUAUAAGCUUAUUCAAAGACUUUAAAAAUCAGAAAUUCCUGUGUUUUGAGUGUUGGGCAGCUGGAACAAGAAGGAAGGAGAAAGUGUCAGCUACCUUGUGAGUCUCCUCCUUACCAGUGACAAACAUGAAUUACUAUAAAAGACCUUUUUUUUCCCUUUGGCAACAAGUCACUUGGAUGUUUUUACUUGCCAUGAUUAAGGGAAAUUUCAUAGUUUGUGGUGAAAAAUGAAUCCUCCUCGCCUUAUAAAUAUAUGUAUAAAAAUAGAACUUUUUCAGAGAAUCAAAAGUAGACCACAUAUGUCAGAAAGUAGAAUUAUUUUGUUUCCAUUCAAAUGGAUGUCUCUUAGCUUUUCCAUAUGAACUAGAGGCUUACUUUGUACAUUUGAGCUGAAAGCAGACAGUUCCUUAAAAAUUCUAUAAUUAAGAUAAUAUAUUUGGAAUCUUUUGCAGGUUCUCAAUUUCUGAAACUCCUGUUUAAAUUCAGGACUGAAUAAGAACCUCUGGGUCUUUGAAAGUUGAUAUACUUGGCCCCUCAUUCUUUUAUGGAGUAUACAUGUGAUGAGCAUCUUGUAUGUUUCAAAGAAUGCAGAAGCAAAUAAAUGGUUAUUCUUUAUAGUGUUUACAAUGAGAUAUGCUAGGUGUAGAACUUAUUGUUCAAGAAGAGUUAAU